CGACCGCUUCCCACAUUUCAAAUUCAAAAACAAAAAACCCCACUCUCUCUCCCGCUCUAUCCCUCCCAUUACAACCGGUUCACCACAUUUCAAUUCAAUGGCCGGCGACGAUCAGCCACCGCCGUCACCAUUUCCACCAUAUUCUUCAUCAUCUUCAUAUCUCCUCAAAGACAUUUCAAAUUUCAAAACACCAACUCGCAAUUCUCAGAUAUUUAAUAAUUUCACUUCCCCUUCCCCUCAAUUCUUCACCGCCUCCAAACAAACCCUAAGAAGUUCCCGCCCCAAACACAAAACCGCGACAGCCCGUCGCCUUAAGGCAUUUGAACUAGAACAGUCACAGUCGUCGCGGAAACUCCAAAAUAAAAAAGAACAGUCACUUAAAUCACUGUCUAAGUCUCUCACUGCCUGGCUCAAUUUUCUCUUUCAAAACCCUAGAUCAUGCGGCUGCGAUGUUACGGUUAAUAGCGGUGAGAAUGGAGAUGAAAGUGUGUCGGGGAAGCUAGGGGAGAAGAGGCAGAGGAAUGUUGUGGUGUGGCGGAGUCCGAAGAAACAUAGGGAUUUGAAAUGGCAAGGCGGUGAUGGUGGUGAUAAGGCGAAUGCCGACCGAGUUACCAAGAAUUAUGGAUUCUUGAAAAAUUCGUUGAAGGAUGUGUGUAGUUUUGAUGAUUUGAAGCAGAGAAUGAGAGUUCAUUUGAGCUUGGAUUCUUGUAAUGAGGUUUUCGAUGCUAUGUCUCAUGUUGUUAAGAAUAUUGAUGAAGGGAGGCUGAAAAUGAAGGCACAUUGCCCGAUAGUAACAGAUUUUGGAAUGAAAGAGAAGGCUGUGCGAAUUCUUUUGUCUUAUAACCCAAUCUGGCUUCGGGUUGGAUUGCAUACUAUUUUUGGUGGUGAUUCAUCGUUGCCUAACGGAGACGUCAAAUCUGAUGAAGAGAUUGCCUUCUUGAAGAUAGUUCUUGAAAAACAGUUUUUCUCUCAUGCUGGAUUAGCAAAAGCUUAUGCUUACAAUAAGAAGGUCGAAGGUUUAUAUAGACCAGGUUAUUAUGAGGAGUUGGGUAAUGUAAUAUUGAAGAGAUUUUUAUUGUUGGUUCUUAUACUUGAUAGAGCAAAAUCUCAAAGUGCUCUAUCUUUGAAGUAUGGUAUUGAUGGAAUUGACGGGGGCUCCCCUCUCCUAUUUGUGGUACAAUCAAGUAUUAAAUCCUGUCGUCAAAUGAUUAAUGAUUUUUUAUCAUCGGAGAUAAUGCUUGGAGAGGGUAACCUUCUUGCACAUCUUGUGAUCGUAGGCUACAGAGUAUCUUACCAGCAGUGUCCUCUUGUUGAGUAUGACUUUAGAGUGAAGGAUUUAUUUCCGGACCUACAAGAUGGAGUGCGGCUUUGUCGAGCCAUUCAGCUUUUACGAAAUGACUCAUCUAUCCUUAUGAAAAUGGUACUUCCAUCUGAUACUCUCAAGAAAAAUGUGACCAACUGUAGCAUUGCCCUGCAAUAUCUAAAACAUGCUGGUGUGACAUUGUGUGAUGAUGAUGGAAUGAUGAUUAUGGAAGAUGAUGUUGCUAGUGGAGACAAGGAACUAACCCUUAGCUUGCUAUGGAAUAUGUUUGUUCACUUGCAGCUGCCGCUUCUAAUUGACAACACAAUAUUAGCUGUGGAAAUUUUGAAGAUUCAUGGAGCCAAUGGGGACUCAUCUGAAAGCAUUAAUCAGAAUUCUUCUUCUCUGCAGUUGCUCUUGAACUGGAUCAAGGCAGUCUGUGAUAAGUAUGAUUAUAAGGUUGAUAACUUUUCUACUUUGGUUGAUGGAAAAGCUGUAUGGUGUUUGCUUGACUAUUACUUCAGGAAAGAACUCUGUUGUUCUCGUUCUCUCAAGGACCCCACUGACAUUAGAGGGGGCGAAUCAAUUAUGGCUGCUGCUGAUUAUACAGAUGCAGUGCACAACUUCAUAUUAUCACAGAAGCUGAUAAUUCCGGAGAUUCUGCAAAUCAGUGACAUACUUGAACAUAGUGGUGCAACCAGCGAAAGGAGUGUAGUUAUUCUAUUGGUCUUUCUUGCAUCUCAGCUAACUUCACAGAAAACUACGCUGAAUUUUCAUAAACUGUUAUGCCGUAACUGUCAAAGUCCAGAAAGAAGACAUUCAAGUAUCGAACAGUGUUCCAUGACUUUGAAUGCAUUUGUAGACCAAGAAGAAAUAGAUCGGAACUGUGUUCAAGAUGCUGCUACAAAAUUUAAGGCCAUUAAAGCUUGGUGGCAAGAUAUGGCUGAACAGAACAACAGUUUUGUUUCAAAGCCUGCAAGUUCUUUUCUUCAGCACAACUCAACUGGUGCAUUCAGUAUCAACUUUCAAAAAGAAAAUGCAGCAACAUUCAUACAGUCUCACAUCAGAAGAUCAGUUGUCCAUUCCAAUUAUGUGAAAAUGAAAGAUGCAGUUCUAUUUCUGCAAACUGUUAUUCGUGCUUGGUUAAUGAUGAAGCAGAAAUCAGCACCUUACAAAUUCAGUAAUCACAUCGUGCAAGAGUCUAUAUAUGAAAGAUGGAAACAGUCAGGAAGAGAUAGGAGAUAUGUCAAUUUUAUUGUUGACAGACAUAGCUUUAUCAAGUUAAGAAGGUCAGUGGUGUUCAUCCAACAAGCAACUAGGAUUUGGUUGACUCAAAGACUUCAGGCUGGACGAGUAAGAACUCAUAAUACAUCCUCUACAGAGCUAGUUAAUGCUGCUAUGUUUGUUCAAAAACAUUUUCGUGGAUGGAUGGCAAGGUCUAGGUAUCAUGUUAUUCAGAUGACAAAGUUUUCACACAUGCGCCAACUGCACCGUAGUAAUCUUGAAACAGAAUCAGCCAUUAAAAUCCAGCUGGCCUGGAAGAAUUGUAUUGCUACUAGGUCUCUCUACAAUCAGCAUCUUGCUGCAAUUAAAAUCCAGCAUCUUUACCGAUCUUGGAAGUUGAAACAGAUGACAAUGGUUUCACGCAUGCGCCAGUUAUACCGUAGUAAUCUUGAAAAAGAAUCAGCCAUUAAAAUCCAGCUGGCCUGGAAGAAUUGUGUUGCUACUAGGUCUUUCUACAAUCAGCAUCUUGCUGCAACUAAAAUCCAGCGUCAUUUCCGAUGUUGGCAGUUGAGAAGGAAUUUUUUGAGACAGAAGGAUCUGAUAACAAAAGCUCAGAGAUGCUACCGCGGUUGGCUAAGAAGGAGGAACUUUAGGCUCCAACUAGAAGCUGCAACUAAGAUCCAAAGUAUUGUCCGGAGCUUAAAGUGCUGGAAGACAUUUCAUUGUUGCAAAAAUGCAGCUAUUGAAAUUCAACGGGUUGUUAGGGGACAAAUUGCUCAAAAAAGGCUUAUAGGGGCUUGUCAUUUUCAUGUGUCCGCUCCUGGUUAUUGUAAUUUCCAUCCUUCAGUUAGCUGCUUUCACAGUACCGAACUGGAAAUAAUCUCAAUACUCAAGUUGCAAAGGUGGUGGAGAGGUGUUCUGCUAUCUAAACAAAGAAACAAGUCAGCAAUUAUUAUACAGACAUAUGUUCGGAGCUGGAUCCGCAGGCAAAGGAUAUCUAGAGAAAGCCGACUUGUUGUUAGGAUCCAAUCGCAUUGGAAAGGCUACCUUGUACGUAAAGAGUCAAGAGGGAAGCUAGUUGAAUUGCGCUCAAGAGUACAUAAAUCUGCCCAAAAUGUUGAUGACAGUAUGCGUAUUAUCAACAGACUCAAAGCGGCACUUUCAGAACUUCUGAGUAUGAAAAGCAUCAGUGGAAUUCUUCAUACUUGUGCAACUUUAGAUAGGACUACACAGCAUUCUCAGAAAUGCUGUGAGGAGCUUGUGGCCGCUGGAGCCAUUGGUAUUUUACUGAAACUGAUGCGCUCAGUCAGUCGAAGCAUUCCCGAUCAGGAGGUCUUAAAGCAUGUACUUUCCACAAUCCGGAACCUUACUCGAUACCAGCACCUAACUGAAGUGCUUAUUGACAGCCAUGGAUCUGUAGAAAUAAUUUUUGGAGAAUUUCUGAGAAACAAGGAGGAGGGUUGUUUUAUUGCUGCAGAUAUAUUGAAGAAAAUUUGUUCUAAUAAAAAAGGUGGUCAGUCCUUUAGUAAGUCACCUGCCCUUUUAAGAAGGUUGGAUAGUCUCGUUGAAGAACUUACAAGGAAAUUAACCAUUUUGAAAAGAUACCCUCAGGGUGUGGCAGCAAGAGAGAAAACAGAGAAAAAAUUGAGGGAGGCUGUUGGACUUCUCAGAUUGAUAGCAAUUAACUGAUCUUCGGCUGUAGUUUGCUAAAAGUUACUAUCUGUAUAUCUAUAACAAAAUUUGCUAACAAUGAAAAUAUUUUUAUUGAAAUUAAA